AAGGCCAUUAAAUUGGGCUUUUGGUUUAGUAAUGUGGCUUAAAUGAAAGUGAGACUGAAUCAUGCAGCUUCACGAGUGUGUGUGUAAUCCAGGUGCAUCCUGACUUUCCUCCUCCUCAGGUUUCUUCUGUCUUCUCCUUCAUCUCAUUCUUCUCGGAGAGCCAAUCAGAGCUCGCGUACCUGCAGGAAGUUUGACCGGUUAUUCUCCUCCCUCAGAAAACAUCAUCCCUCCCUCACUAGUGACCUCCCGCUUUCGCUCAUCUCAACCUGAUGAGCUGCAUGGAAGCAGAAGUCACAGGAUUGUUCUCCAGCCAUGCAGUUCCAGCCCUCGCACGCUCCUCUUUACGCGCCGACGCCCGCGCCGCCCGCUCACCCGACGCCCUUCUACAUCGAGGACAUUCUGGGCAGAAACGCGUCCGCGCCUGGCCCGGUGGCGCCCACGCCGACCCUGCCGUCUCCAAACUCGUCGUUCACCAGCCUGAUCCCAUCUUACCGGACCCCGAUCUACGAGCCCACGCCGAUCCACCCGGUUCUGACCCAGCAGGCGCUCGCUUACGCGUCCAUCUACCCGUUCCAGCGAGACUUUACGCACGCGCUGAUCCGCCACGACCCGCUGGGUAAACCUCUGCUGUGGACGCCGUUCAUCCAGCGUCCUAUGCACAAGAGGAAAGGCGGACAGGUUCGCUUCUCCAACGACCAGACCAUCGAGCUGGAGAAGAAGUUCGAGACCCAGAAGUAUCUGUCUCCUCCCGAGAGAAAGAGACUCGCCAAGAUGCUGCAGCUCAGCGAGAGACAGGUGAAAACCUGGUUCCAGAACCGUCGGGCGAAAUGGAGGCGAUUGAAACAGGAGAAUCCUCCGAGCGGUAAGAGAGAUGUGGAGGACUCGGGCGAGCAGAGAAACUCGGACAGAUCGAGUCCAGGCGAGUCUGAGGAUUCAGAUCAAGAGCUGGACAUCGAGGAGGACCCACACUUCUCCAUCAGCCCUCAGCUAUGAGUCCAUCUCAGCACUGUACAUACUGUAUCAUACUGUACAUUUAGUAGCACAAUUAACUUAAUGGAUGUGUAGAUUUCGAUCCAAACCUGUAUCUGGUGUCUGGUGGAAAAUAUUUUGUGUUAGUCAAUAAAUAUUUUGGGGAUAAGGUAUCUGUUUAAUUUGCCUUUUUAAUGCAUAAUUAUGCAAAAUUCAUAUUUCUAAAAGAUGAAGGUUACAUGAGAACCUUAAAUGGUUUCAAAGUGCAUGAUUUGAGCUGUUAGCUGCUUACACAUAUUUUCAAAACUUCACACACAAAUCCAAGAAUUGCACACAAAAUGCAAAAAGCCUCACAUCUCUUGCAAAACGAAGCACUGCGUUCAAAAUAUCUCAAAUCUCAAAAGCAAGCAUUUGCAAACAGCUUUGCCAUAAUAUUAAUUCCUGUUAGAUUUGUGUGUGUUACAUAGAGAACUGUGUGUUGUGUUUUGCUGAGAAUUAGUGUCUGGUUUUGUAGAUUUGGUGUGUGCUUCUGCUGUUUGAGUGUCAGCUUUCAGAAACUGUGUGACACGUGAAGAUGCAGUGUGUAAGCAGAUGAAAACAGCUGUAAUAUGGCAGAUGUUGUUUCCUUUAAUCUGAUGUAAUGACGAAUGAGCAUUUAGAGCAUUUAGAUUAGAUUUAUCAGUGUUAUUAGUCCUUUAUCUGUUGAUUCACAAUCCUCUCAUCAUAGCAGAUGAUCUGUUAGUCAUUAAAAUCAAUCAUCACCUCCUGAAUGAAACAACAGCACAGUUUGAGAUCUGGAGCUCGGCGAUCUGCUUUUUCGGUUUCUGCUUCAGCUUAUCGCUUCCAACAAGACAAACAUGCAGGCCUGAGUUUGUGCUAAUGCUGUAGUUAAUGAUUGGACAGUGAGAGGAUCCUGGGUGAUGAAUCACAGCGUUCUGUGCAUCUGAGAGAGUUCAACAGCCCUGCAGCGGUGAGAGUUUGCUCCAAAACCAACACCAUGAGCAUCGAUUCAGCCUGAAUUGAGAAAUGCUUCACAAAUCGUGAUCCUGAACAAAACAGCAUGUGAACUGCACUUCUGACCGCAGGCCCAAACACAUCAGAAACCUGUCCUGAGCAUGUCUUUACCUCUGAAGAAUGAAGAACCUUUGAAGCUUUUGAAUGCACAAAAGGUUCUUUAGAGUUUUGAAAUGUUCUGCACACUAAUGGUUCUUUUAAGAAUUGAGGUUCUUUGAGGAAACAGAAACACUUCUUCUAUGGCUUUGCUGCAAAACAUGCUUUUGCAAUCUU